AUGUUUUGUGAAGGCAAUGAUCGUAUAGCACCACCACCAGAACUCAAUAUCACACUCCCGACAGCGAGGGAUUUUGUUAGUAAACCAUACGACUGUUCAAGCAAUGAGAUUCAGUCACAACUACCAACAGAUAUUCUGCUAAUAACAGCAAAUGAUCAUGAAUUCAAUGCUUGCUAUUCAUAUAUGAAACAUGUUCAUCGAGGUUAUUCUGCGAAACUGGGAAUGGUAGAUUUUGGUCGAUUUGGUGAUCAGAAAAACCCGAAUGUGAGAGUUGCAUUGAUGAAAUCUUGGCAGGGACCGACGGAGGCUGUGAUACCAGUGAGAAAUGCCGCUGAAAUUUUACACCCAAAAGUAGUCCUCUUUGUCGGGAUCUGCGCAAGCAUGGAACGGGCGAAGGCAAAACUUGGCGAUGUCGUGAUUUCUGCCAAACUAGCGACUUAUGAUCAUAAGAAAUUCAAGGCAGAUGGUACAGUUGAGUAUGGCGGGACUAAACCGAACGUUA